GUGGUAUUAGAUCUUCAGUGGAAGAUAAAGAUUAAUUAUUCAUUAAUCCGUUUUCUUUAAAAAUAAAAUAAAAAUAACACUAGAUUUAUAUUUGAGGAAGACAUUUAGUGCGAUUUUCUCUAGCUGUUUUUUCAGCUUAUACGCAUAGACUUGGAAAAAUAGAUACAGUUAUGCAGUCACUGGGUUUAGUAUAAAUUCAAUAGAGGCAACAGCGCCCCCUGGAGUCUCAAUAUCCGAGAAUAGCAUAGCCUGAGGAUUUCAAACUUUCCCAGGUAUUUUUCCUCUUUUGUCUUUGGCUUAUCUUUCUAAUAUAAUUAACUGCAACGGAACUUUGAAUUUGUACCAAUACGUUGCUAUAGUGAAAUAAUUGUUUUCUUUUCCAAACGGAAGCUUUCGCGCCUAACGCUUGCAGUGAGUUUAGUUUAAAGUGGAAUACCUCAGAAGAAUGAGGCCACAUUUUGAUAGCAACAAACGUUUUCAGGUGAUAAAAAUGACAGCCUAUAGAAGCAAUGCCUCACUCAAGAAAAAUCUCGGCUUAGAGCUUGUAAGGAUCAUCAGCAGCUUAAAGAAGGAGAAUAUCCUGCUGAAGAAGACUCUAGCUGAGGUGUCCCAUCAUCACGCCGAACACAAUAAGCUUGUGAUGAAACUCCUUGCUCUUGAAACUCUGUUGCUCGAGAGUCGUCAGCAGCUUCCACCAAAAGGUGAAAAAACAACUUUGUCCUCAGAGGUGAUAAAAAUGACAGCCUAUAAAAGCAAUGCCUCACUCAAGAAAAAACUCAGCUCAGAGCUUGUAAGGAUCAUCAGCAGCUUAAAGAAGGAGAAUAUCCUGCUGAAGAAGACUCUAGCUGAGGUGUCCCAUCAUCACGCCGAACACAAUAAGCUUGUGAUGAAACUCCUCGCUCUUGAAACUCUGUGGCUCGAGAGUCGUCAGCAGCUUCCACCAAAAGGUGAAAAAACAACUUUGUCCUCAGAGGAUUCCCCAUCAUUCACCAAUGAUGAAGCCAUCUCUCAUCUUCAGCAUAAGCUCAACGAUGCAAGUGUUGUGAAAACUACUUUACUCACUUUAGUUAUUCAUGUAACAAAGUAUGACUGGGCUUUGGAAAAGAACAAGCAGUGGCUGGAAUAUGACCAGCAGAGAGAGGCCUAUGUUAGGGCAAUUCUGGACAAAAUGUUAUGGCUGGAGAAGCAUCUGAAUGAAACCAAUCAGGCCCACUCAAAGCAGCACAAUGAGGAGCAUUCAGAUGCAGAGCCACAAAGAGAGAUUAAAGAACUCUUUGUAAACCAAUUGAGACAGGCUGAUGUCUGGCUGGAUAUGCUCAAAAAACAAGUUGAAGUGACUCAUCAGGAGCUGAUCAUUGCUGAAAAAAGGUUCAGAGCAAGAGAAGGAGAAUUGGAGGCUCUCAUCCACCAACUGAAGAGUGAAACAAUAAGCAAAGGAAGCCCACAAGAAGGAUGUCAUAACUCUGAGGAGGAAGAGCAACAGCUGAGGGAGGAGACCCAAGAACUCCACGCCAGGCUGAAGGAGGAGAAACGAAGGUCUACAAAUUUUGAGCUGCAGGCAAGCCUCUAUCAGAGGUACAUGUUAAACUAUCACCAUGCAGACCAGGAAAAGAUUACAGACCUGGAAAGACAGCUCAAGAUUUCUUCACAAGACCUUGAGGAUGCAAAGCGGGACUCUUCAUAUUUAAAGAAGCAAAUGCUCAGAAUUCUGAAGAAGCUACAUAGAGCAGAAGGCCUUUCCCCAGAUCAGUCAAAGAGAGACCAGCAGGACCUGGGCUCAUGUGAAGAGGCGAUGCCACCCUCCUCGUCCCCCAGAGACAGCCUGGCGUCCUCUUCUCACACCAGCGUGCUGAAUGACAGCAUCCUGGAGUGUCCCACCUGCCAGAACGAGUACCCAGCCAGCGAGUACAGAGAGCUGCUGAAGCACCUGGAAAUCUGUCUGGAAUGAAUCUACCCAUGAAAGUUCUGUUGUUGUUUCUUUGUUUAGAAGUCACGGCACAAGUUCAGUGCCUGUUAAUAAACUGCAGUUUUGCUAUAUGUUAUUUUACAACCUCAGUUCUGAAAUGAUUUUAAAUUUAAUGGAUUUUUUUAAAGCAUUGUUUUCAUUAAGAUAAAUUUACCUGAAGAUUUGGUCUGUUUCUUUGUGAAUAGAAAUUGAUGUAAAAUGACUGAUUAAACCUUUAAUAAUUGAUUAGGCAUGAAGCUGAGCUCCAUGUGUUCCCCUAGUGGAGAAAGCCAUAACAAAGUAAAGGCCAAGUACCAGAGGUGAAGUGCCUUGUAAAAUCUAUGUGUAUAAUUAAUCAUUCAAAGAUCUAAAAUACUCUCCAAAGGGAGGAAGUAUGUUGAAAUAGCUGGGAAUGAAGUUACAUAAGUCACAGGACACUUGCCCCAAAUUCCACUGAAAAAGUAUGACUGUACACACUGUGAACGAUGACAUUUAUGAAACUCCAUCACCAACCAGCACAACAAUGAAAUCCAGUGUUCAUCAUGUAGUGCAGCAAAACUAAAAGUGAGAAAAACACUUUGAUUGCUCGGCUUCUCCAACCCGAGUCCACAUUUUUCCUCUGAGAAGAAGAGACUUCAUUCUUCCUGGCACAAUACACUUGCAUACCACUAAAUAUGACAUCCACCCCACCGCCGCCCCUCCAAAUGUCCUGCUUUCAUUUAUACAGGCAGAACUGCGUUAUGAUGGUAAACUGGCACUGGGCAUCUAAUGGUGUAAUCACAUCAGGGACAGGGAGACAGGAGGUGGAGAACAGAGUGUAUUUAUUUAGAGACCUUUUAAAAAGCUUCUUCCCAGACGGAUCUGUGGCGCAUACAGUGGGUAAACAUAUUAAUCCUACAACUCUAAUGGGAUCUGAAGAAUUAUGUGGUGAAGACUCCCAGAAGUCUUCUCGGCAUGCGUUUCUGGCAAGGAGGAAGAGGCCUUGUCAAUGUGAUGUUCUGCAGGCAAACGCAGUGGAACCCAAGCUGUGAUGCAUUUCAGCUGUUUGAAUGAUUAGAGCUUACAGGUAAUAAUAGCCGAGGAUUCAGUUUAUCAGAAGAUCUGAAUAAAUCCAAUAAAGAAACUAUUUUCAACACAGUAUGUCAACCGGCAGAAAGAUGGGUCCAUGGGCUCUACCAUUUGCAUUGAUUAUUUUAAUUAGUGCAUGGAGGGAAUCCACCUGCGACUUUGUUAAGGUGUUAAGGAAGUCUAGCUUUCUUUUCCAGCAGCCUUGAUGCUCUUUAUUGUAGGCGCUGAUGUAUCUCAUCUCCCUCCCAGCAUUACCUCAGAGGUAUUGAUAGUUUUGCUGUGUUGCCAGGUGUCAGGUACUGGUGGAAAAAGAAAUCAGUUUGUCAGCAGAGGAAGCAAAAGAUGCGCAAGAAUUUCCCGGUAGACGGUGGCAUUGACUCUGGACUUGAUUUAGCGCAGUGACCCAUCAACAUCAGAUCUCUUAGCUUCCAUAUUCAGCUGUGUGUUACCUUUUCACUGCAUCUGAAACAUGUUGGCUUCUGUGUUCCUGUUCUUCCAGACUCUGGGAUCUUAAUUUCUUUAAUCUGAAAAGAGGAAUUUGAACCACUGAUAAGCAGCUGAUCAACAGUCCAGCUCUCUUUUGUCUUAGCUUAGGUAAAACUUUUCUAAAAUGUCUGGUUCUGUGUGGUGAUGUUGUGGAUCAUAUCCUGAAUUCUUCUGCUUGUGGUGGCUCCAAAAAAAAAAAA